UGGCUAGUUUCACUUUCUCUUUCUCUUGGACUUGGACGGUCAUUGCAGUUUAGAUUUUUAGUGUGUGUUGUGACUUCGUUAUUUAAGUACCAUUCUGUCACUGUCACUUCUGCUGUUAUGAAACGUUCGAUAGAACUAGUUAGCGCCUGGACAAUGCCAUACGUUGGCUUGGGAACCUUCAAGACACGCGGCUAUGAUCUCUUGUAUACCACACUUGAUGCUGCUCUUGCUGCUGGGUACAGAUCUUUUGAUACAGCAUCUGUGUACAGAAAUGAAACAGAUAUUGGGAAAGCAUUAAAAGAACUGCUGCCUAAGUACAAUUUGACAAGGAAGGAUAUAUUUAUUACAAGUAAAUUAGGCCCAGCAGAUCAAGGUGAUGGCAAGGCUUCCUCAGCUUUCUCCAGAUCAUUGUCAAACCUUGACUGUGAAUAUCUUGACCUAUACCUUAUUCACUGGCCAGGAACUCACAAACUUCAACCUGGAGAUGAGCAGCAUAAAAAAUUUCGCAGGGAGAGCUGGAAAGCUGUGGAAGAGGCUCAUAGACAGGGGAAACUUCGAUCACUUGGAGUCUCCAAUUAUUUGCAACAUCAUUUGGAAGAACUGUUGGAGUAUUGCACUGUGAAACCAUCUGUCCUUCAAAUUGAGUAUCAUCCUCAUCUUGUACAGAAAAGUUUGAAAAAGUUUUGUGAUGACCACAGCAUUCAUUUGCAAGCAUAUUCCUCUCUUGGAACAUCUGCUUCUGAAAACAAGCUUAUUUCAGAUCCUGUUGUUGUGGAUAUUGCUAUGAAGUGUGAAAAAUCUCCGGCUCAAAUUCUUCUGAGAUGGGCUGUUCAGCAAGACAUAGGUGUUUUGCCGAAGUCCACAAAUCCUGCACACAUAGUAGAGAACAUGGAUAUAUUUUCUUUCUCCUUGUCCACUGAGCAGCUUCAGGCCUUGUCCAAUUUGGAUCAACAAAUGCACUAUUGUUGGGACCCUGUCCAUAUUGCUUGAGGAUACAGUUCGCCCUGUUCUGACAAGUUCAGUUUUGACUGUAAAAUCCAUGUCAUACCUCGUGGCUCAUUAUGCCAUAAAAAAGGGAAAGAAACAAAAAGUGACAAUAGAUAGAGAAGAUUAUACAGUGACAAUGCUGGUCAUAACCUUGCUAUUAUUGAAGAUUUUGACUGGAUACAAUGCUGGGUAUAUGAAAGGACACAGGGCUGAGAGGAAAUAUUCCAGGAAGAAAAAAACCAAACUAUUCAGAUUCUACUUGGAUUUGAAUCUUGAAGUUUUCACUUGGCAGAGCAAGUUUGUAACCUUUGAAGACACCAUAAUCAGUAAAUCCUAACCAAAGAAAGGUAGGUAUGACUCAUGACGGACUCUUCAUACCAACAGUGCUCUAUAGAGAUGGACGGUCACACUAUACUUUUUUUUUUUUAAGUAGAGGUUUUACGGCGCUCGCAGCUGCAUAACGUGAUAUGAAUGCCAAGCACUAUACUUUGUGAGCUAGUAUAAAGGCAUACUCUUAUCUAUCUACUCCAAAUUACUCUGGUAAUUCUAGUAUUUAUUUUUUGCGAAAAAAAAAUACACAAAGUAUUCUUAGGGGACAUAGAUAAUUUUUUGCUUGUCCCAGUGCUGGCAGUAUUAGCAGUCAUCUAACAUGAGAUCCGUCUGUAUGGUCGUAGUACUCGCAGUGGUCUGAACAAUGAAGAGUAUUCUGACACAAGGACAUUUAUUAAGACAUUGAUUUAAGCAAGAAGUAUCAUGAGGUGACACUGCAGUACCUACUUGAGAAAUGUUUUAGCUCAAAGAGCACGGCAUUGUGGCACACAAAAAGGGCAUUUGAAAAUGUUUGCACCAAAUGUUUUUCAUGUCUUCUUCUGUACCAUUAUUUACAUGUAUGUUAAGUACACCGCUGUGACUGUAUGACAAAUAAAGGGAUUUUACUGCAGUCUGGAAGUGUUUUCUCGUAGUGCAUGUUAUAAAGUUAUUUGUUAUUUGUUAUUGACCUUUGCCAUUCCUAGUGUCCCAGUCUCACUAUACCAAUGAGGAAGGGGCUUUCCAGUAAAAAACCAUUUUGAAAGGUUUCAAUUCAGCUUUGAUUUCCCCUUCUCCCUUUCUUUCUUUUAUCAUAAAACAUUUUCCUUGGGUUAUUUUUGUAAGAUGACUCUGGACCCUGGAUGUCUAUCAGUGUAGCUACUGAUUUUUAACGGGAGGAGCAACCCCUGAGGAUCAUUUUCUAUGUUUGUUGCCCGAGAUCAAAUCUAAGCACACAUAUAAGUUAGGCAUAGGAAAAUCUCUUGAAACGCAAUUUUAUUUUGGUACAUCUACAGUGAUUGCUAUGGAAAUGGCCGCCAUCUUGAAAAUAAACAAUGAAUUUCAAAUCCCUAAGGCUUUCAUAUUUACUGACCAAAUAUGGUGAGAGUAUACCUGAAUCAGACACUAUCAGCGUAACAGUGAGUUUUUUUCAAUUAGUGCAAAAGAAAGAAAAAAAGAGAAUUUUCCCUCUAUGCGUGAAAAACCUUUUCUAAAAAAGUAAAUUUAGGUUGCGUAAUCGCUUGCCAAUGGAAAAGUGCUAUUUUUUUCGUAAAUAUCUCCCCGUUACAUUGAUGGCAGCCAUCAAUGUUUCCAGAACGUUCCAUGUGAAAAGGAUGAUAACUAAGGAAGGAGUAGGGAAAAACUGCCAGAAAAUGACAUUUUGAGAAAAACAAUUGAGAAAAUUCACUAUGUGUGUGCGCCUAGAGAAAGGUACCAAAAGUCGCCCCAGAAUGUUUCAAGCGACAGGCUGAUAAUUACAAAAAUCACUUUUUUGACCAAAAUGUGUUUCCAUGAAAAAAAAAGAUAGAUCCGCCAUAUUUUUACCAUGUGCUCAAAGGGUUUUCAUUGAUUUGACUUCUAAAUAUUUUAUUUUGAAUUAUUUUGAGGGUAGGGGGUACAAAAACAAAUAAUGAAAACUGCUUUUGAAAGGUGUUAAAUCUACUCUUGAAGCACAUUUUCUCUUCCCUGCUAUGUUUUACCAUUGAAUUCCAUUCAGGAUAUUGAUGUCAACUGAAUGCCAAAUUGGAAAUGAAUUUUCCAUGAAUAAAUAUAC